AUGGGUGCACCAUUUUACUGUUAAAGCAAAGCCCACUUUAUUCCCUUUAUACCCCUUCUCUCUUUGUACUUUUGUGCAACUUAGCUUUGCUUAGUUUCUAACGACCCCCUUCCAUUCUUUAAUUUUUUUAGUUAACAGUUGGUUGUCAAAAAUACUCAAUUUUAUUAAAAACCUUUAUUUUUCCCAUCAUUAUUGCACCAUAAUAAUCUUCUUUUUCCUCAUCUUUGUUUAAUUGGUUUUUUAUGUACUUUCAUUUAUUAAUAUGUUGCAGAGACCUUAACUAUUCUUGUUACACUAUUUCUCUGUGACAAAAUUUGCACAGACACCAACAACUAUGAAGGCUUAUAAUGGAAACAACGUUAUCAAGAAACAAUUUUCUUUAGUAUUUGUGAAAUUUGCAGUUUGUUUUCUGUUGUUGGGUCUUGCCUAUCGUCUCUUCUUGUCCCAUUUCCAACACUUUUCUCAGAUUGAGGUGGUCAAUGAUGCAGCUCUUUUUUCCGACAACACAUUGCCAACUCCGGCCACCGUGAGUGAAUCUCCGGUGACCUUGAAUGAACCUCCGGUCACCGUGAGUGAAUCUCCGGUGAACGUUGAUGUUUCAGAGAACCAAACAUUGCAAAAUGGAAAAUGUGAUUUAUUUAUAGGAAAUUGGGUUCAUGAUCCAAGUGGUCCAGUUUACACAAAUGCCACUUGCUAUUCAAUUGAAUCACACCAGAACUGUAUGAAAAAUGGGAGACCUGAUACUGAAUAUCUUUACUGGAGAUGGAAUCCAAGAGACUGUGAGCUACCGAGAUUUAGCCCAAAGAAAUUCCUCAAUUUGAUGCGAAACAAAUCUUUCACCUUCAUAGGCGAUUCAAUUAUGCGUAAUCAUGUGCAGUCAUUGCUUUGUAUUCUCUCACAGGAGGAACAAGUUGAUGACGUCUACCAUGACGAGCAAUACAAAAGCAGAAGAUGGUACUUUCCAAACCUCGACUUUUCUCUUUCUGUCAUUUGGUCACCUUUUCUUGCAAAAGCGACUGUUUUUGAAGACGACAAUGGAGUUACAACGGAUAUUACUCAGCUUCAUCUCGACAAACUGGAUGACGUUUGGACUCAACAAUUUGACAGUUUUGAUUAUGUAGUUAUUGGUGGUGGCAAAUGGUACCUGAAAUCUACAAUUUACCUUGAGAACGAUACAAUUGUUGGCUGCCACAACUGUCCUGGUAAGAACAUCACGCAGGUGGGAUUUGCGUAUGCAUAUCGCAAGGCAUUGAAUACAACUAUAAAAUUCAUCUCGAGCUCGAAGAACAAGGCGUAUACAUUUUUUAGAACGACAACCCCCGAUCACUUUGAGAAUGGCGAAUGGAAUACAGGAGGCUAUUGUAACAGAACAGGGCCUUUCAAAGGAGGUGAGGUUGACAUGGGGUAUGUAGACGAGGUAAUGCGCAAAGUUGAAUUGGAAGAAUUCGAGAGAGCAUCCGAAUUCGGGUCAAACAUGAAAUUGUUUGACACCACGUUACUUUCACUGCUGAGGCCAGACGGGCAUCCAGGAGUCUACAGGCAAUAUCAACCAUUUGCUGCAGGAAAUAUGAACAAAGUCCAGAAUGAUUGUCUACACUGGUGUUUGCCUGGUCCAAUAGACUCGUGGAACGAUAUAAUGAUGCAAAUGUUGUGCCAUUAAAAUAAUUGAUUUUGCUCUCACAAUUGCAAUUGUUCAACUACGAAGAUGUUCCAGGCUUCUCACCACUGUUUCCUCUCCGAUCGAGUAUAUAUUUAGCCCCGAAGCUUCAGAAUGUGCAUAGUGUUUACUGAUAAUAAUAGUAACAAUCCAUGUUCAAGGAAUUUGCAACCAUUGGAAGAUGCAAAAUCCACACUCUUGGCUCAACAUUAGUAUUUCUCGGCA